AUGGAGAAUAACACACAACUAUCUCAGGUCACGCCUGUGCUCGGUGUAGCUACCAGGGGCGAAGUCGUUACGAUCCUCAUCGGUCCCAAGAAGAAACGUUAUAUAAUCCACAAAGACAUCAUCUGCCACCACUCGGAGUACUUUCGAACCGCAUAUAACGGGCGCUGGAAAGAGUCGGAUGAGGGUGUCAGCCUCGAGGACGUCGAAGUCGAAGUGUUCAACGUCUUCGUGCACUGGUUGUACACGCAGCAACUUCCAGAAGACAAAGACUUCCGCGAUAUCGCCAAUAUCAACAACAAAGGACAGAUCGACAACGAAGAUCAUGAAUGUGACACUGUGCUGCUUAAGGCGUUCGUCUUUGGAAAUCGAUUCCUCGUCGCGGAUUUCGAGCGCAUUACUCACAACCGUCUGGCCGACUGGCUGACAGAUUACAUUUUCGGCGUACCGUACGAGCUUGUCAUCUUGGCCUAUGAGGUUUUACCAAGCGACAGCCGAAUCUUAGGCGCAAUGGUCGAGAUGCAAUGCCUGAAUUGGUCACCGCGCGAGGACGGGAAUGAAAAAAAGCAGAUACGCGUUAACCUUCCGAAAGACUUCCUCAUUCAAGUAAUGAUCAGGCAAUCGGAGCUUCGAGACAAGAUCAGCCGAAUGUACAGACAUGUAGAAAGAACGGAUUUCUACAUGCAGGAAAAGAUUGAGGGGCUGGGCAAAUAA